CUGGCCUGGUUAGGUCUCCCCGUUGGUUUUACAGACAAAUUUAAACAAAUUGCUAGGUUUUUGUUGAGUUUUUUUUAUUCCAGUGAUAAUUCGUUGGCCUUUGAUAGGGUUCAGUAUAUUAUGUAUGAUGAGGUUUCUGGGGCUACUUUAAAGUUUUUUUUUGCUGUUCAUUUUUUGUUGCCUUGGUUUAUUUUUGUUUUAGUUGUUUUUCAUCUUAUUAUGUUGCAUGUUACUGGAAGAACAUCUGUUCUUUCUGGUUUUGGGGAUUAUGAUAAGAUUGGUUUUUUUCCUUAUUAUUGGUUGAAAGAUUCUUAUAAUUUGGUUGACUUUACCUGUUUUAGUUGA